CUGCAGGAGCUGUGUGACCUGAGAAGGUCUCCGGCCUUGUGCUAGAGCUGCACGGUGAGCGUGGCUGUGAACUUCCCCAGGCUGUCUUACUGAAAAGCACAGCAGAGCUGCGAUGUUUAAGUGCAAGACAGUAUGGAAUAAACUGGCUCCGCUGGUCCGGGCCUCAUCCACGCUGUGUCUGCAGAAUGCUAGAAAAUCAGUGCUGAGGCAUGGGAGAAGACUGGAGAUGGUUCAGAAAGCCCAGAUGUCAUCAGGGCCAGCAGGAGGGGGCGGCGAAAACACACUGUAUUAUGUCCUGGUUGGAGCAACAUGUCUGGGGACAGGAGUUUAUGCGUACCGCACUGUCUCAGGGGACAAGGAAAGAUAUAAUGAGCGUAUGAUAGACAUUGCCAAUAGACCAAAACAAGGGCCACAAGCAGCUGAGGCUGUCACUGAAGUUGUGGCAGAAUUUAAAGAAGCUAUAUGCAGGCAUGAAGAGUGCCACUAG